AAAGUCCAACCAAAAAAAAAAUCCGGAAAUAAUUAAUUGUUUAAUAAAAAGGUCUAAUAGAUCCCGUUGCCGGCAUUAUUAACAAAGGGGUCUAGAGAUGUGUAGAGUCCACCAAAACCCUAGACCCUUCAUCAUCGUCAAAACCCCCCAUACCCUUUAUUUCUUUCCACUUCCAUUCCAUCAAAGCAAACACACAGUCCACGAAGACUUUCGGUAUCAAUCACAAUGUAUCAGUUUGAUGAUCGGAUGGCAACGGACGGCUUUGAUCGGCUCCCCGACUCCCUGAUCCUCCUCGUCUUCAAUUCCGUCUCCGACAUCAAGACUCUCAUACGGUGUCGAUCCGUUUCGAAACGGUUCAACUCGCUCGUCCCGCAGACUGAGUCACUCGUCUUGAAGGUCGAUUGUGUCAUCUCUAACGAAUCCGAAUCUGACUCGAUCUUCCUCGCCAUCUUCAAGUCGUUUCUCAAAUCUCUCCAAGAGAUCUUCCACCCGAAGCCUCCACCCCAUCACCUGGCGAAAAUCAGGCCGAACAACUCCCCCGCCCAAAUUUUGACUCAAUUCCACCGGAUCCGAUCGCUGGCCAUCGAAUUACCCGCCGGUGACCUAAAAUUGGAUAAAGGCUUGACCGUGAAGUGGAGAGCCGUGUUCGGGAAGACCUUGAAGAGCUGCGUUAUCCUUGGAUUUCGUGAGCCUGAAAAUGCAGCGGAGAGAGAAGGAGGCGGCGGUGAAGCGGACGUGGCAGGAGGGUUGAAGGUGAGGGUGGUGUGGUCGAUAAGCGCGUUGAUCGCAGCCUCGGCGAGGCAUUUUUUGUUGAAAGAGGUGGUUAAGGAGCAUGGAGAGAUGGAAGAGCUGGUGUUGAGGGACAGAGAAGGGGAAGGGACGGUGGUGAUGGAUAAGGACGGGCUCAGGGAAUGCAGGGAGGACUCAUCGCACGUGACGGAUGAUCGGUCGUGGGAGAUGAGCCGGACUGUGGUGCCAAGCGUGAGGAUGCGAAUGAGGCACGAGCCACGGCUCGAGCUGAGUGGCGGAGUCGUGGUGGAGGGCGCGACACUGGUUGUGAUAAGGGCUUCAGUCAACGUAAAGGAUGGUGCUGACGUGGACGAUGCUGAGUUGGCAUUGGGAGCCUUUGGUGGGGCCUACGCGGAGGCUGUGCAAGCGUUGCUGAAGUGUCGGAGUUAUCUGCUGGAAAUGAACUCGUUUUGAUUAUUAACUGUUGUUUUGCUCUUUGUUUCAGGGUUUUUUUUUUUUAACGUUUAUUGUUGUGGGAACCUCUCUAACAACUAAGAAGGACCUUUUGGGCCAUCCCGACAUAAUAAAUCCCUGGAUCCGUGAAUUGCGCCCUUGAGAGUUUCUCUACACGGGAUCGUUGAUAUUUUAUUAAGGGGUAUGAUCCAAAGGUGUUGACUAAAAAUUUCGACCCUAAAAUUCAUAGUUUACAUGGAAUGCCAAUAACCAAACGGGUUAAUCUAAGAUUGGAUUGUAUAUACCAUAUGUAUUCAUUGCACUUAUUUUGUUGUAUUCACUAUUCGUAAGUAAUUACAGUUUAUUUUUCUCUC